ACAGUAGGUCAGCGCGUAGUUGCGCGCUAGCACUUGCGUGAGUUAUAAUGGAAAGAAAGGUUAUAAAUCAAAAGGAAUAUUUAAAAAAAUAUUUGUCCUCAGGAGAUGACAAGAAGAAAAAGAAAAAGAAAAAGGCGAAAUUGGGAGCAAAAACAGUAAAGAUCAUUGACGAUGACAUAGACCUGAAAAAUUUGAGACCAAUGGAAGAGAAUGAAUUUGAUAUUUUCAUCGAUGCAGAAGAUGCACCUCAAAUUGCUGGCGUGGUGGAUGAACGUGGGCCAGUUGAUUUCACUGACAAAAGAAGAUGGAAAAUUAUAGCUAAUGACGAAGACGGUGAUUUAACUAUCACUAGUGUAGAUAGAAGAAAUGAGCAAUUCGAAAAAGCAAAGCACAUUUCUGAUAAUAGCCCGAAUCCAUUGAGAAAAGAAAAAGAAUAUUCAGGCGACGACUUGUCUCCUCCACGGAUAUCUAAAAUGACAAAGAACCAGACAAAUGGAGAAGCAAAAGAAGAUGAGGAUAGUGAUUUAAGCCCACCUAGAAUAAAAUCUAAAAAACACAGAAAUCUUAACCAUAUUGGCAGUGACAGUGAUAGCAGUCAAGACACAGGUGUUUCAUCACACAAAAUGAAAAAGAAGACAAAAAGAAAAGAGAAAAUAUCUGAUGACUCCGAUUUAAGUCCAUCGAGGAAAAAUAAAAAACACAAAUCUAAGAAAAGUACAGAGCAUAAAAAUGCAAAUAAUUCAGACUUGAGCCCUCCUAGGAAAAGUAGAAAAGAUUCUGAUUCUGAUUUGAGUCCUCCUAGAAAGAGUAGGAAAGAUUCUGAUUCAGAUUUGAGUCCUCCUAGAAAAAGUAAAAAAAAUACUGAUUCAGAUUUGAAUCCUGAGAGAAAUAGAAAAAGUAAAGAUUAUGAAUCAGACUUAAACCUAGCAAGAAGAAGUAAAAAUCAUAAGCAUAGGACGAGGGAUAAUCAUUCUGAACGUAACCCACCUACUAGAAAAUAUGAAAGAGAUGUGAAUGUUCAUAUGAAUUCCAAAUACAGAAGUCGACACGACGAGUCAAUCAAAAUAAGAAGAAACAGGCACGAUAAUUCGUUCAAAGAAAGUUCACCAAGAUAUCAUAAGUAUAGAAAUGAAAAACCUGGUAGGAGUAGAAUGUAUAAACAUUAUGAAAAAAAUCCAAACAGAAGGCACGAUUCACAUAUAAGUCCGUCUCGUAAAAGAAACAGAGAUAUCCACUCAAGCUCAAAUAGACAUAGAGAAGACAAUAGAGAUUUCUAUAAGUCCAAAUCGAAUAAAUUUGGUGAUCGAUAUGAUUACGAUUCUAAUCAUCGUUCACGCAAAGAAGACAUUUAUGUCAAGGAAAAAAUAUCAAAACAUGGGGGUGUAGACGAAGUAGAUACCGAAAAACGAAUGAAAAAAACAUUAGAUGGAAAAAGAGCUGGCUUACAAGAUGCUAAAACACUGCGAGAAGAAACAGAGGCAUACAAAAAGCGAGAAGCUGAACAUUUUAGCAAGCUUAGCAAAGAAGUUACAGGAAUUGGACAAGCAGCAAUUGUACGCGAUACUAAAACAGGUAAAAAACGCGAUUUGGAAGCAGAAGCGAAGGAAGAACGGGAGAAACAGAAGCGACAAGCGGAAUUAGACGAAAAAUACGCUAAAUGGGGGAAAGGCUUGAAACAAGUUGAGGAUCGUGAAGAAAAACUAAAAGACGAUCUUUAUGAAAUGAGUAAGCCUUUAGCAAGGUACGCAGAUGAUGCUGAUUUAGACAAAAGACUUAGGGAACAAGAAAGAGAAGGUGAUCCUAUGUUAGAAUAUAUUAAACAAAAACAGAUAAAAGAAGGGAAGAGGAAACCAGAUCAACCAAAAUACGAAGGAUCAUUUAUGCCAAAUCGUUUCGGUGUCAAACCUGGUCAUAGAUGGGACGGAGUCGACAGAAGUAAUGGCUACGAAAAACGAUGGUUUGAAGCGCAAAAUGCCAAAGUAGCGCGUCAAGAAGAAGCUUAUAAAUGGAGCACUUCUGAUAUGUAAAAUGUACACGUUUAACUUUUUUUUUUUAUACGUUAUACACAUGACGAGCAAUAUGGUUUAAUUGUUAACCAAGGAAUCGAAAAUAUACAGGAUGUUCAAAAAUUUUUACAAAUAUUUUUGAAUCGUUGAGUAAAAUAUUACAACAUACAGCCAAAUGAAUAGGUGGAGAUAUUGAAAAAAAAAAAAAAAAAAAAAAAAAAGAGAGAAAGAUAUGUACUGUAUGUGAAAUCUCUGAAAGACUAGCGAUUUUUCGAUAUAAAUAUUAAUGUUAAUACAUCCUAUUAAUACAUCAAUAUUCCCAGAUUUUUCGAUAUAAAUAUUAAUGUUAAUACAUCCUGUAUAUAUUAGACAUUGUAAAAUAUAAUUUCUAUCAUCCAUAUAAUCAAUAAACAUCGUUGCUAAUUAAA